GCAGUUAACAUAAGAUCCCAUGCAACGCAACUGAUCUGAGACAACUCUACAGCGACGCAGACGCAGUUCCGGUUAAACGUCAUGUUGGAUUGGCAUUCAGCAACACGGUGAGCGGACUGACUGCUUUACUACAGAAGCAGACCCUUUGAGGGAGCAAUCUACAAAUAUGUCGUUCAUAAUUGAUUGGCUGUACAGAGGAUUCAGCAAUGUAUUACAAUUAUUAGGAUUAUAUAAAAAGUCCGGGAAACUCGUUUUUCUUGGAUUAGACAAUGCUGGAAAAACAACGUUAUUGCACAUGCUUAAAGAUGAUCGACUUGGUCAACAUGUUCCAACACUUCACCCUACAUCUGAAGAGCUGAGUAUUGCUGGCAUGACUUUCACAACAUUUGACCUGGGUGGUCAUGCUCAAGCAAGACGAGUUUGGAAGAAUUAUCUACCAGCAAUAAAUGGAAUAGUCUAUCUUGUUGAUGUUGCUGAUCAUGAGCGCCUACUUGAAGCCAAAGUUGAGCUGGAUGCUCUCCUAACUGAUGAAACCAUCUCCAACGUGCCAGUCCUUAUUUUGGGGAAUAAAAUUGAUCGUCCAGAAGCAAUUAGUGAGGAUGCCCUUAGAGAAAUGUUUGGUCUUUAUGGACAAACUACUGGAAAGGGAAAUGUAUCACUAAAGGAGCUCAACCUAAGGCCAAUGGAAGUCUUUAUGUGCAGUGUGUUGAAGAGGCAAGGAUAUGGUGAAGGUUUUCGAUGGCUUUCUCAGUAUAUUGAUUAGUAUAUUUAAUGUUACUAAACAAUUUGUUCACCCUAAAUCCAUGAUCCCUUGAUUUUCUAUCUUGUAAUAAACUGUAGUAACCAGGGGUGUUGUAUAUUUUGUUGUCUGAGCCUUAAAAAAAACAGGGUGGUUAUGGGAUAGAUACACGUUAAAUUAAUGUGUCUAAACAAGAGGUGAGCGGGGCACAAAUUAACGUGGGGUUAACUGUAACACAGCUACUUUACAUAGUUUCACAGGGCUGAGUAAUGUGCUUUUGGUCAUUUUCUCUUACCAUCAGAAAACAAUCUCCUGUGAAUCUGUGAAAUUUUUUUAUGUGUUUUUGUAAAAA